AUGAGGAAAGAAGUAUGUGUUGGCAUAGCAACCACUGUAUGGAUUGCUGGAAUGAUAGACUCUGCUAUACAUGCUGGACUUAUGCUGCCCCUUUCUUUUUGUGAUUCCAAUGUCAUCAACCAUUUCUACUGUGAUAUACCUCCAGUGUUAUAUCUUGCAUGUUCAGACACCUUUAUAAAUGAGUUUAUGACCAUGAUUGCAAAUGUAGUGUUUGGGAUUUGUAGUUGUGGGUUAACUCUAACAUCCUAUUUUUUUAUACUGAGGACCAUCUUCAGGAUCCGUUCCACUGAAGGAAAGAAGAAAGCAUUCUCCACAUGUUCCUCACACCUCUUUGUAAUCAGUUUUUACUUUUCUGCACUUAUCUAUACAUACAUCAGACCCUCUUCGGUCUAUUCCCUAGACAAGGACAAGCUUGUGUCUCUCAUUUAUUCAGUGGUAACUCCAGUUGUUAAUCCACUCAUAUACUCUCUGAGAAAUAAAGAUUUUAAAGAAGGAAUGAAAAUGCUCAUUGGAAAUCUCAGGUUGCUUCCAAGAUCUUGA